CGAGUGUGUGGAUGAGAAGGACACUGAUACCGGGGUCACUCAUGUUGACGCCAUGGCAAUACUGCAGGACAGUACUCCGACCCGGAGACGUUCCAGCUCAGAGAUGUCCCGAUCCACCUUCAGCCUGGUCCGACAACUCUCCAGUCUAGACGCCCGCAGGCCCAGCUCUCCUCUGGUUGAUGUGAAACCCAUUGAGUUCUGGGCCAUGGGCCCCAGGAAGGAGGUGAUCCAGCCGCUGCGUCGACACCAGCCCCCUCCGGAUGACUACUUCAGGAAGUUGGAGCCACGCCUCUACUCUCUGGACUCAUCCGGAGACGACGUGGACUCGCUAACGGACGAGGAGAUUCUGCUACGAUACCAACUGGGCAUGCUCCACUUCAGCACACAGUAUGACCUAAUCAACGGCCACCUGGGCGUUAGGGUCAUUGAGGCUCGCGACCUGCCUCCACCUCUGACCUGUGAUGGUGCCCGCCAGGACAUGGCCCACUCCAACCCAUACGUCAAGAUCAGCCUGCUGCCGCCACAAGAAUCUUCUUCUUCAGACGGGGUGAAGAGAGACACAAACCCGGUGUUCGAGGAGCGGUUCACCUUUGACCUUCUGUUCCUGGAGGCCCAGCGCCGCACCCUGCUGCUGUCUCUGGUCGACUUCGACAAGUUCUCACGACACUGUGUCAUCGGCAAGGUGGCGCUGCCUCUGAGUGACGUUGAUCUGGUGAAGGGUGGUCACUGGUGGAAGGCCCUGGUACCCAGUUCUCAG